AUGCCUUCGAGACAAGAAGUUUCCUACUUUGGAGCGGGCCCGGCUCCCCUCCCCACCUCCGUCGUGGAGGCUGGCGCAAAGGCAUUCGUCAACUUCAACGACUGCGGUCUCGGUCUCGGUGAGAUCUCUCACCGUUCGCCAACCGCCAACAAGAUCCUCGACGACGCCAAGGCAAACCUCUCCGCGCUCCUCGAUAUCCCGGAUAACUAUGAGAUCCUGUUCAUGCAGGGUGGUGGUAGCGGCGGGUUCAGCGCCGUCGUGCAGAAUCUCGUGUCCGUCUGGAUCGAACGCCGCCGCCGCCGCGCAGAGGCAGACUUCAAGCAGGCCCAGCCGGAUGCGGACCAGGCGCAGAUUGAUGAGCUGGUCUUCCAGCGCCUCCAGAAGGAGGUUGAUGAGGAAUUGAAGCUGGACUACCUCGUGACCGGAUCUUGGUCGCUCAAGGCUUCCCAGGAAGCGAGCAAAUUGGUCGGUUCCAAGUAUGUGAACGUUGCGCUGGAUGCCCGCAAAGCCAACGGUGGGAAGUUUGGCAAGAUUCCUGCUGAGGAAUCCUGGUAUUUGACUCCUACCAAGAAGGAGGGUGGCAAGGGCUCCGCAUUUGUCUACUUCUGUGAUAACGAGACCGUUGACGGUGUUGAGUUCCAACAAUUGCCCAAGUCACUGGAGCCUCAGGGCCAGGACCCCGAGGACGAGCGUCUCGUCGUUGCCGACUUGAGCUCCAACUUCAUCAGCCGCAAGGUUGAUGUUAGCAAAUAUGCUGUCCUUUUUGGUGGUGCCCAGAAGAACAUUGGUGUCACUGGAAUCACUAUCGCCAUUGUCCGCAAGGACCUCCUCCCUCCCCAAACCGCAACUCCUCCUCCUGCCCUCCUUCACCGAUUGAACAUUGGCGGUCUGCCCGGACCCGUUGUGUUCGACUACGCGACCAUCGCCAAGAACAACUCCCUCUACAACACCCUCCCCAUCUUCAACCUCUGGAUCGCCGGGCAGGUGAUGGCCGAUCUGAUGGCCGAAUUCGGCGCCCGCAAGGUCAGCGGCCAGGAGGAGAUCGCCAACAAAAAGGCGCAACUUAUCUACGGCGUGUUAGACAAGUACCCGCAAGUGUACCAGGUGGUUCCGGAUGCCAGCGUUCGCAGCCGCAUGAACAUUUGUUUCCGCGUUCUCAAUGGAGAUGACGCCAAGGAGAAGGAGUUCAUUGCUGGUGCUGAGAAGCGUCUCCUCCAGGGCCUCAAGGGCCACCGCAGUGUCGGUGGUAUGCGUGCCAGCAACUACAACGCCGUUCCAUUGGAGAACGUGCAGAAGCUGGUGGCGUACCUCGAGGACUUUGCUGUAGCUCUGUAG